AUCCACAAGAGUUUGCUGAGUCAGGCAGAUUUGGGUUAUACCUUCAACAAGGCUGCAGCUAGAAAACUUCCCUUCCAGAGCUGGUCCAGUUCUCCUUGCUGAGUUCUCAGUGUUGGAGACCAGGGGAAUCCAACUGGUCCGGGCCGAGUUCUUAGCUCAUUCAGAGAUAAAGAACACCUUUUCACUUUCAAGUCCACUGACAGGAUGGAACCGAAAAGCUUCUUCGCUCACAGAAAAGCGUUGGUGGUGAUGUGCAUUGCAGUAAUACUGCUGGCUCAGGAGGCACAAGCGGGUCCAUUGGUACCGCGGGUCCAGUCCAGCUCUGACCAGGUCCGAGAUUUGAGAGGAGAACCCGUGGAGCACAUGCUGAAGAGAGUUGCGCGGAUGACCCCACUGUGGAGGAUCAUGAGCAGCAAACCGUCUGGAGCUUUCUGCCAAAACAACUUUGAAUGCGCUACUGGACUCUGCAGGGAGGGACGCUGCUCCACAAGCCAACGACCCUCGCUGGAGCCUGUGAAAUAUUAGAUCCUCCAGGACACAGCCAUCAGUGUAAAAUCACCAUCUGGAUGCAUUCUGAAAACUACGACACAAACUUUAUUUUUUAUCUAUAUAAUCUGAAUAUGUAUUUAUAACUAUUAAUGGGAUAUGUGCACAGCGACAUGCUUUUAUCACCAAUUUAACUACGACAAUAUGGGUAAAAACAGCUAUAGAUAUGUAAUUUUGUAUAAACUAUGGACCGUAACCAAAAUGACUUUGGUGCUAUGAUCUAAAAGCGUUAAGCCCUGACCCAAUAGAGGAAAAUUUUAACUUUUUUUUUUUUCAGACGUUCAGUUACUUUUGGCCUUGAACUUUAUUCUACAAAUGAUAUGAUGAAGUCAUACAGUACACAGCCUGCCUGAUACCAUGGGGUAUAUUGACUGUUCAGUUUUAUUCUUAUGAUAUGGCAAUGAUAUUCCCUUUGAAAAAUAACAGAUACGACUUUCUCACAUGAGCGACAAAUCUCACAAUUUCUACAUCCUUUGGACAGAAUUGGACAAAGUAGUAUUUUUCUGUAGAAUUCUUUCUCUGCUGCUUUAUUCUAAUGAAUGUUGGAGCAGGGACCAAUCUAAGGCACAGAGAAGACUUUGCACUAUCUACGGGCUCCUGUUUGACCCUUGCUCUGUUCCACAUCUUGUCAAAAGUACACAUGCUCUCCUUUUAUCAAGCGAAAUUCAAAGAAGAUAACCUACAUACAGUGACGCGAUUGACAGGCCGUAGAGACCCUCAGCUGAGCUGCUUUCAACAAAAAGUUACAGAUUUUUCUUUAAAAUAGUUAUCGAUCAUUAUUUAUACUCGAGAAGCAGACGUGUUUUGCACAGUUGCCAAAAGAAGACUGAGAGAGUAAGAGAGCGGAGGGCCAAAGGAGCAAAGGUUACAAGCAGAUCUGUUUCCUGAACACUUUUCAAAGACUCAUUUCAAAGGUUUAAAAUGAAAACUGUGUUACGAACAUGUCACCCGGAGCAACGGGUGACUCCACUAAAUCAUUUUGUUUACAGUGUGAAAUCUCAGACAUAUUUAUUUGCUUUCUUUGUCUAAAUGCCACGAAUGUUCCUGUGUUUGUUUAGCUCUCGUUUUUUUGGUUUGCUCUAGAAUAAUUUGUCACCCCCGAAUCGGUUUUGGAGCGCUCAACCAGGGAACAGAUUCCUGACCACGAGCUGCACGGCCCUAAUGUUUGCACAUCUAUCCCCUCCUGACAUGGCAAAGGGUUUAGAGUCCUUUUUUUUUUUCUUUCUUUUUUUUUAAACACGCCUGCAGAGUUUACUUCAUGCACACGACAGGCAGUGUCUCAUGUUUUGUUCAGAGAGAGAAUUUAGCUGGACUGCACUUUUAAAUCCAAAUAUCUUUGUACUGUACGGUGUGACAAACAUGUAAAACGGUUGGAGAAAAAGUCAAAUAAAAGCUUUAAAAACAAAGGA